CGCAUGAAGAAGAGGUAACUGGUCGCCCGGCGACUAAUCUCACUGAAUCUUCUCAUCUGUCUCGGCCCUAACAAGACACCAGUAAGUGGUACAGCAGCCAUUGAGAUCACUACUCACUGCCUAUGUUUUCAGGUCUGGCCCCAUAGAAAUAAAUUGAAUUGGAAAGGCAGCUGCAGCAGGAAAAACCUUUGUACUUUUGCUUAUCUGAUGCUGAUUUCACCACCUGGAUGGAGAGCUGAGUUCUGUAAAUGUUUCAUUAGCAUUUAUUAUCUGAUUUCUGUGCUGGAGCGGCGGCAGCCUGAUUCAUCCAGUGUGCAAUGAGAAAAUUCAUUAGAUGACUAGCGCUUAGUAAUCAUGGAGAAUCAUGUCUUUGAGUCGUCAGAGGAGCGAACAUUUCAGUAUCAGGAUUCCCUUCCUCCCCUCCCAGUGCCCCCACUUGAAGAGUCUUUGUCUAAAUACUGUGAUGCUGUAAAACCAUUUUUAAACCAAGAGGGAUAUGAGAGAACCUACAAAAUAGUAAAAGCUUUUGAGAAUGGAGUUGGCAAAGAACUGCACCAGAAACUAUUGCAAAGGGCAAGAUUUAAAAAGAACUGGUUGGAAGAGUGGUGGCUGACUGCUGCGUAUCUGGAUGUCCGCAUGCCGUCUCAACUAAAUGUUAAUUUUGGGGGUCCUGCACCUUAUCUUGAGCAUUACUGGCCACCAGAGAAGGGCACACAGCUACAUAGAGCAAGCAUUGCUGUGUGGUAUACAUUGAAAUACUGGGAUCUUUUAAGGAGGGAAACACUAAGUGUACAUAAAGCUGGAAAUUAUCCUCUGGAUAUGUCUCAGUUUCGGAAUCUAUUCAACACUUGUAAGAUCCCAGGAAGAACAAGUGAUGUUAUAAGUAAUCAAUUUAAGACUGUGAGUGAAGGCAGUUGCCCAACGCGCCUUGCUGUGAUGGCCAGAGGAAGGAUAUUCACAUUUGAUGCAGUUCCUGAAGGGCAGAUCCUGACUCCACCUGAGUUGUUAAGGCAACUUCAGUAUAUUCAAAAUAUUUGUCAGACUGAACCUGCAGGCAUCGGGCUGUCAGCUCUCACUACUGAGGAAAGGACACGCUGGGCUCAGACGCGGGAGCACCUCAUUAGCCUUGAUCCAAAGAACUCAAGCCAUCUAGAAGAUAUCCAGAACAGCCUGUUCAUUUUGUCCCUUGAUGAUGCAAGUCCAUAUGGAACGCCUGAAGACUACAGCCAGAUUGCAAUGUUGGCUCUUGCUGGGGACCCUACUGUUCGCUGGGGUGACAAAUCCUAUAAUCUCGUUGCCUGGAGCAAUGGGGUAUUUGGCUCCAACUGUGAUCAUGCCCCAUAUGAUGCCAUGGUAUUGGUAGCAAUGUGUGAUUACAUUGACCAGAACGUCAAAGCUUGCGAAGGCCGUUGGAAGGGCUCAGCAGCAGUGCGGGAGCUGCAUAAUCCUAAAGAGCUUGUCUUUACUGUGGACCAGAGAAUCCUAAACGACAUAGCUCUUGCCAAAGAGCAGUAUUACAAGCAGGCAUCUGAUUUACAAAUAGUGAAUUAUGCAUUCACCGCUUUUGGAAAGCAGCUCGUGAAGAAAAAGAAGCUUCAUCCAGACACCUUUGUGCAGCUUGCUCUUCAGCUAGCAUAUUAUAAGAUUCAUGGAUGUCCUGGUUCUUGCUAUGAAACAGCCACCACUCGGAUGUUCUUCCAUGGGCGCACAGAGACCAUGAGACCGUGCACAGUAGAAGCUGUGAAUUGGUGCCGCUCUAUGCUAGAUCCCCUAUCCACACUUGCUCAGCGCCAGGAACUAAUGCUAAAGGCCUUUGUAAAGCAUAACAAAAUGAUGAAGGAAUGCCAGCUUGCGAAAGGGUUUGACCGACACCUUUUGGGUCUUCUGCUUCUUGCAAAAGAGCAGGGGCUUCCGGUGCCAGAACUGUUUACAGACCCAGCCUUCACAAAAAGUGGCGGAGGUGGGAAUUUUUUGUUGUCCACCAGUCUUGUAGGCUACACUAAUGUCCAUGGAGCUGUGGUACCCAUGAUACACAAUGGAUAUGGAUUCUUUUACCGAAUACGUGAUGACCGGUUUGUUGUGGCCUGUACUUCAUGGAAAUCCUGCCCUGAGACUGACGCAGAGAGACUGAGCCGAACUGUGUUCCAGAACUUCCAUGAGAUGAUACAACUGAUGGUCCAUUCUCAGCUCUAAGAGAUGAUUCCUGCACACUUAACAGACACUUAACACAUCCAUGUGCAGAGUAAUUACAAAAAAAAAACCUACUACUAAGUUGUAUAGGAUUGUCUGUAG